AUGUCUGGUUCUGAUGGCGAACAUUCCGCACGCAAGUCCUCCACCACGUCCAGAACUGCCGCGCUCUCCCCGCUCCCUUCCCUCUCCUUGACAAGAGAUCAUAUCACCGACGCACUCGCAAAGUCUCCAGAUGGAGGCGCAACCCUUGACCUCGCCUACAAGGGCCUCACCGACGUUGGCGAGUCUGGCGCCGAGGAACUCGCCACCGUCGGCCACGACGAGCAGACAGGCACAGAGAGCUCUGUAGUACGCAUCGCGCUUGCCCACAACCGCCUCACUACUCUACCCAUGGCAUUCUCCCUAUUGUCCCGCCUGCGCUAUCUCGUCCUGAAGAAUAAUAGCUUCACCGUUUUCCCCGACGUUCUGACUGUCAUGCCGUCACUGGAGAUUUUAGACAUAAGUCGGAACAAGAUCAAGCGCCUACCUUCCCAACCGGGUUCUUUGGUAAACUUACGGGUCUUCUCCCUCACCCGAAAUAAGCUACACAGGCUGCCACCGUAUUUGGCCAAGUUUAAGCAACUAACAUUGUUGAAAGUUGACCAAAAUCCGCUGGAAUGGCCCCCAAUACCGGUACUGGAGCACGGGAAGAACAACAAUGAUCCUCAGUCAAUGUCGGAGUGGAUCCGACAUCUGCAGGCAUGGCUGGAGGACAAUGCUGGUACGUCGGGUGAGCGGAAACAGAGUGACGACUCCAUCACGAGUGAUUCUGGGAACGACUCGAGUUUCCUGGACGCUCCUCGUAGUGACCGGACACCCUCCGUACACGCCGAAUCUCUGUAUCAUGCGCGUUCGUUCUCCCUUGAGUCGGAUGCAUCGUCCUACUUCCAGCUUGACCACUCUCCCGGACCUUCUCGAAAGCCGACGAUGGAUGACGGCCCUCGUCUGCACUUGGAUCCGUUCUUCUCUUCUCGUAUAGCGAAGAGCGCUACGCCGUCUCCUCGUUCCCCAGAAAGCGCUAUUUCUCCCACCGACGACUCUGUCUUGGCGAACGGUUUCCAUGUCGGCCAUGCUCGGGUCCCCUCCCACGCGCACCACACUGGUAACGGUAUCAACGGCACGGCUAAAGUCUCACUAAAGCCUAUUCCUUCGUCGAAGAAGAGCUUACCUGAUCUGAGACCUGCACGGCAGCACUUCGCCAACGGCGCGCCGCGAGCCGCUACCCAUGCUGCUGACCAUUUCCCCAGCAUCCACAGCCACCAUCCCCACCACUCCAUCACCGAUGAACCCGUGUCGGCGUCCCCCAUUUCCAUGGAUCGAGCGGCGCCCUUUGAGAGGCCCGUUCCUUCGAUGGACAGCGAGCGUAACUCCUACUUCCGUCGACUAUCCACCCUGUCCGCCGCCACGAUUUCCAAAGCCAUCCCCGAAUCCCUCCUCGCGGUUGUAGACGCUGUGCGGGGGAUUCUGUUCGCCCUGUCUCAGAUAUACCAGACGCUCCAGCACUAUACGGUGUACGCGAUCGACGAGCGGCUAUCUGCCGUCCUGCUCAAGGUCCUCGGGCCCGCGAGCUCGUACAUGACCCACCUGAUCCACACCUUGGACCGCUUCGACACCGUCAGCCGGCGCGCGCUGCCCAGCCCGUCGAUAUGCCGCGCGGUGAUCGAGAGCUGCCGGGACAACGUGACGGUGUUCGGGAAGGCGGUCUCGAUGCUCUCGCUGCAGCUGAAGGUGCUCGCGAAGCACGACGACGCGCGGUACACGCGGCAGAUGCUGCUCGUCCUGUACGGCGCCAUGUCCGAGAUCGCCGCCGCGUGGGCGGCGAUCGCGGCGCACGUCGACGCCGUGCGGCCGUACCUGUGGGACGCGCGUCCGCCCCCCGCGUCGAAGCUGUACGCGUCGAAGACGCCGACGGUGCGCGGCGCACCGAGCGCGGGUGGGGACAAGCCGCGUCCGCCGGCGUCUGCGCCCCCGCACGUCUCCUCCCCCUUCCUGCCCGCACAACAACAGCAACAGCAACAGCAGGCGCCGGACACGCCGUCCCCGCAACAGCGCUCGCACCUGCGGACGAACACGCCGCAGCAGCGCUCCCUGGACCUGGGCAAGAGCCAAAUCACCCUCAGCCGGCGGCAUGCGGGCUCGUUCAGCUCCAAGGACGUCGAGAUCGGGAAGAUGCUGCCGUCGUACGUCGACCCGCCGCCCACGCCGUUGAUGCCGUCUAGCUUCCUCCCCCUGGGCGGCGGUGGCUAUGGUGGUGGUGGUAGCGGGGGUGGGAGUGCGAGCUUGAUGAACGGUGUAGGGGGCCACUCGACGCCGACGCACGGGGUGCGGACGAUGCGGAGGCUUGUUCUGCCGCUCGGGCAGCAGCAGCAUGAUUGGCACUCGCACGGGCAUGGAGGGGUCGGGGCCAGCCAUUCGAGGCAGGGCUCGCAGAGCUCGCUGCUGACCGCAUCGCACUCGUCACCGUCCCUCGGAGGCGCCGCGUUCCCGGCGCCGCUGUCGGGGUCGAGCACGCUCGUGGACAAGGAGGUCAUCGGGGCGAUGAGGGCUGCCGUGGAGGCCGCCCCGGAGAUCUGGGAGAUGAUGGACGAGAUGCUCGACGCGGAGGAGCAGGGGGACGCGGAGGGGGAGGACGGGGUUGCGAACGCGAGGGCCAGAGAGGAGUUCCGGGAGGUGCUGGGGCGGGCGAAGGACGUCACGGAGCGGCUGAGGGGGAGCAUCGCUGCGGUGCAGCAGGAGGGGGCGUCGCAUCCGCAUCCGCAGGCCGUGGACGGGCGGGCGCUGCACGACGACGCGCAUUUAUUUGUGAAGACCGUUAUCCAACUGUCGCACUCCCUGAAGACGCGCGGUGCCCACGCACAGAACCCGACACAAUUAUCAUCGACGCUACGGACCAAGAUGGUGAAGCUGACGAACGCGACGCAGGAGUUCGUCAUGCUCCUCCACAUCUCCUCGUUCUCGCCCGCGCCGACGCCCGGCCUGCGCUCGUACUCGCCCAUGGUCGGGUUCGCCACUGCCGCCGCAAGCAUCGUGGGCGCGCAGCCGUCGCCUGGCCUGUCGCCGCUGGCGACUGGCUUGCCCGAGGACGGGCGACUGGCGUCGAACUUGUCGAGGAACCGCGUGGCUGGUCCCGUCGGGAGCUCGAAGCUGCUGUAG